GGGGGUCAUCCACACGUUUGCCACAGCAUGUGCUCGAUAACGAAUGCGAAAAUACAAUGAUUGUGUUUUGACAACAGGGGUGACGAGUAACUGACUUCACAAAGUGACAAAGGAACAGUCUAGUCUGUUCUGUCGAUGGGGAGUUAGAAUAAAGAUGACAGAACAAUUGAAUUGUGUUGAGGAAGUGGAAGUAUCGAAUGCCACCAUCCCUCAGUUACAGUUCUUGACGCACUUGUCUGCUGGUCUAGAGGGAAUUCUCAAUAGCACACAACAUGCUGACGUCAUAAUUCAAGUCGAAGAACAUGAGUACCAAUGUCAUAAAGUAAUAUUGUCAGCCAUGUCGCCAUAUUUCGAGGCAAUGUUUACCCACGAUAUGAAGGAAAACCGCGAAAGUAUUGUCAGAUUACAUGACAUAGAACCCGAAAUUUUUGAAAAUCUUCGCACGUUCAUGUAUACGGGAAAAGCCGAAGUUAGGGAGGAAAACGCUGAAAAGAUCUUCCGCGCAUCAUCCCUCAUGCAGAUACCUUGUUUACAAGAACGCUGUGAAGAAUUUUUGCUCUCUCAAAUAUCUCACGAAAACUGCAUUGGAAUAUGGAAGAUUGCAAAGGCGCAUGCGUGCACGAAGCUUAGUGAGAAGGCAUGGGAAACUAUUCUGGAAAAUUUUCAAAUGGUGUGUACAACAGAAGAUUUUCUGCAGCUUGAUAUAGACGACCUUGUUUGUAUUUUGCAGGAUGAUUAUUUGCAAUCUCCGUCUGAGGAAUUCAUAUGCGAUGUCGCCAUGGAAUGGAUUGACUACGACAAAGAACGGCGAAGUCACAAUAUCUGUGAAAUCGUUCCGGCCUUGCGACUUUCGCUCGUUUCCUCAGAUUAUUUGUUCCACGUUUUCGACUCCAAUGCUGUUGUCCAGAAUAGUCCCCAGUGCAGGUCGGUGAUGCGGGAAGCUUUACGUUAUCACACAUGUCUGUCCAAACGCCAAGAUUUUACACCCAUUAGAUGUACCAGAAGAAUGACUAGUAAAAUGGACGAUGUUUUGAUCGUGAUAGGAGGUUUACUAACCACAACUCCUCGAUACCAAACAACAAAAGAGGUGCUAUGUUUCAGCUUCCAGCAGGAAAAAUGGUACUAUCUCCCGUCUUUACCAUACGACCCUGGAUAUGAAUUUGCAGCCUGUACACACGGGGACAGUAUAUUUGUCUCUGGUGGGUGGUUAAAACUUCAAGGUCUUGCAGAAUUCAAGACUCACAAAAACGAAUGGAAGAUCUGUGAAACCAUGACAAAUGGAAGAUGUGGUCAUGUCAUGGUUUCCGUGGCACACUCUAUCUUCGUUUUGGGUGGGAGAGAUGGACGAGCACCUGCAAUGACAAAUAUUGAGGAAUUUAACCUGCUUACUGAAAAAUGGUCCAUGGCAGGUGAUCUCUUACUGGGAGUUAGGUCUACGUCUGCCUCGACAAUUGGAGAAAAAAUAUUUAUCUUUGGAGGAAUAACAGAAUCUGACAAGGAUACGAUGUCUGUACAGUGCUUCGACACGCGAUUACAUUGCACUAGCAUAAUAGGCGAUCUUCCCUUUACCUGUCGACUUACUCGGACUGUGAGCUUGGAUAUGUCCGUUUACGUUCUAGCACCAGAUGGCAGAGUGCUGGAAUUCUGUGAUCCAACAUUGAGUAUUAUUUCUCACAACGUUUCACGGCCAAGGUCACGCUGCGAUUCUUCAGAUUCCACUGACGUCACAGUCACUUCGACGGAGCCGUAUACUGUCACCACAACCUUAUCCCCUCAGCUGGGAAAACUUCUAUGUCGAAUCCCCAAUUUCAGCCAACACCACUUCGAGGUGAUCCAACAUCGAGGAGACAUCUUGCUGGUUGGCGGCAAAACACCUGAUAACACCAUUCUGAAGAACAUCAUACAAGUCAAUGUACAUAGUAAAGGUGACAUCAAAAUCACCAACAAGACGCCGCUAGAGAUGCCGUCGGCCCGAUGGUGUUUCGGAUGUGUGAAGACCGUUGUACCACGUGAUUAUCUCAACAAUGAAAUAAGGAAUUAAUAUAUAUAUAUAUAUAUAUAGAGAGAGAGAGAGAGAGAGAGAGAGAGAGAGAGAGAGAGCUUGAGAGAGAGAGAGAGCUUUAAUUUCUUUGUGACUUAUCGAUGGUCACAUGGCUUUGAAAAUGUAAGCUUGUGUUAGUUGAUAAAAAAGCUUGUUAGAAAUUGUUAAUUAUCGGAGAGUUUGUCUAGGUUCUUGGACCACUAGUAGUCAUUCCAAGUUGAUAUGACAUAAUGUCUUUCACCGUUCGUGCAAUGCCUUUUUUGUAUUUUAUCGUGGUAAUGUAAAGAUACCACUAAGUGUAGAUACACAGAUGUUUAAUGAUAUUGUUGCCCGUUCAUUUUUGGAAGAAAAAAACUUAUUGGACGGUGUAAAAUUUACAACACAGCGAAUAUUGUAUUAUGAAUGUUUGUAUACACCCCACCCAAUAAGUGAAAUAACUUGCUGCUUAGAAUUAGUGAAUAGUUUGUGUGGAGUGUUGUCCUAUUUCUUUUCAUGCAGAAUUGAAUAUUUUCAACUGGAAAGUGUUCGCUUUAUGUAAUCAGGAGGUUUUUAUCUUUUAGAAGUUUUGCCAAGAUUUUUUUUUUUUUUUUUUUCAAAAAUAAAUGUUCAUGAUGACAAUGUAGUAUUUUGGAUUGCUUUGAUAUUAGAAAUAUGCAUCACUUUUGGACUUGCAGUUUGUAAGUGGCCAUAUGACCCUUGGACUUGUUUAAAAGAAGAAGAAAACUUGACUUUAUACAAAGGAUAUUCUUUGUAGGUACUAUAUUUGGUUGUUGUUAUGUUAUAUUUUACUACUUUUAGGGGUUGUACGUCAUGUUUUGCAAUAAAUAUGUACAAGCAACCCAUGAAAAGAAUUAGUUUUUUUUUUAUUUGUUUUUGGUAAAACUGUUGUAUUUUGUCUAUUAUUAAUCAUGGAUUAAAUUCAUACAUGUUUAUUCCUAUUUGAUGUACUUUUCUUCGUAAUUUGUUUCUGUGGUCGAUUUAAAUAUCACAUGCAGUUACUCAUGUUUGGUUUAAAAUAAAAAGUUGUAAAGAAA